CAGAACAAAUGGCAUUGUUCCUGGCGGAGAUGUCGCGGCUCCUGCAGGAACAACGCCGUCCGCUACCACCCUUAGUUCCAACACCUCGGACGGGGACAUUGCGUUUACAUGCCGAGAUUCCGAAAUAUUCAGGCUACGCAGAUAGAAAAUCGGUUGCUGAUUUUCUUGACGAAUUGCGUGAAUACCAGGCGGUGUCUGAAAUGUCUGAGGUUGAACUUCUAUCACGCGUACUGCCGAUCGCCCUCACGGGAAGCGCCGCGACAUGGCGUCGGAGACAAUCACCCUUCUCGACGCUACAAGACUUUUCGGAGCAGUUCAAAAAUGAAUUUCUGCCUCCCGAUUACGGCGCGCGAAUGCUCGAUGAGCUUAGGGCGCGCACUCAGCACCGCGACGAGUCCCUAGUCGAGUUUGUUCGGGCGCUCCAAACUCUCUAUGACAGGGCUGACCCUAGUGCGUCCGACUCAGACAAAGUGUCGCGGGCUAUCCGGCAAAGCCACCCGCAGUUUCAUCCCUACCUGCGUGGGCGGGUGUUCCGGAGUUUGGACGAGUUGGCCCAAGCAGCCCACCAGAUCCAGGCGGACAUCCUGGCCGAACUAAGAUAUCGGCCUCCUCCACCGCCGGAGGCUUGCCUGGAACCGUCCUGCGCUUGGACAGGCACGACCAGGCAAUCCAUGGACGAGCAUGGGUCACGGCCAGUUCUCCCCGGAAGGGUACCCCGAGCGCUGGACCCUUACACCCACGGACUGGGCGAUGGUGCUCAAGUCCGCGAGCAUGGCCGCCAAUACCAAGCCCCAUCCAGAGAGCGAUACCCAAGGGCCACCUCAGCUACUCUCCGCUGCUUCCGGUGCGGAAGUCUCGGCCACUUUCGCCGGGACUGCACCCGGCGGGUUUCAAACGACAAUUCGGGAAACGAGCAGUCUCGGCCCAGCCUCACGAGCAGCCCCGCCGGGGGCCUCCUGUGAUGAGCCCGAUGUUGCAGCACCUGGUGUGGCGCCCGCUCGAGCGCCCGAUGACGCUCCCGCUCCCGGAUUACGCGGCGACGCUCUCGCAGGCGCUCGCGGAGAUGCCCCAGGUCCCGGCGUGGCGCCCGCUCGAGCGCCCGAUGACGCUCCCGCUCACGGAUUAU